AUGGGAUCAUCAUGCAAUUCAAUUAAAUGUGAAUAAGAUUCAAUUGAUUACGAUAUUCCAGAAUAAGAAGGAUAAAUCAAAAGAAUUACAUUAAAUUUUGUAGUGAAAUAAUAAUACUUUGGUUUUAAAAACGAGGACAUUCUUUAAAUUGAAAAUAAAUCACUGUAUAUACCAAUAGAAUAUCAAUAAAAUUAAAUCCUUUUUCAUUCUAUACUCUAUUAGAGUGAAAUUGCUAAAUCUUAAACGUUAGAAUCUUCCGGAAAAUAUCAACCUAAGAAAAACAAUAGUCUAACUUAAGUUAACAAUAAAAAUAUUCAAAAAGAAGAAUAUAAUCAAAAAUUAUAAAAAAGUAGACUUAUUUCUUAUUAAAACUUAAAGGAAUGA